GGAAACAGAGAGAAUGGAAACAUUAGACGGAUGUGAUCCAUACAGCCGCCCGGCGCGCAGGACACAAUGGAUAGUGAGCACACUGGCUUACCAUUAUGGACUGGACCGCGGUGUGGAGAACGAGAUCAUAGUCCUUGCCACUGGCUUGGAUCAGUACCUGCAGGAGAUCUUUCACCACCUGGACUGCCAGGGCGACGGGAAAAUCCCUUCCGAGGAUUUCCAGAUCCUGUGUGAAAUCCUGGGGCUGAAUAAAGAGACCGAGGCGGAGGAGUGCGCAGGGAUUUUGGACAGCUUGCCCAGCGAGUUCACUUUCCGCCAGUUUCACGCCAAACUGUGCGGCUACUUCAGCACCAAGGCUGGCUGCCACUACGAGGACGGCCGGCUGCUGGUGGGCAGAGAGAGCGAGCACAUCGAGACGCAAAUCCGCCUCCGGAGCCCAAUGAGGCGCAGGGAGAAGCUGCUGAACCCGGGCACCGGGAGGCGCACCAGCCACUCCAUGCCUGCAUCGGACCAGCACAGUUCAGGAUGCAGGCAAGGUUCGUGCACACGCGAGUGUUAUGAGGACAUUGUGGCUUUGGAGGAAGCGGAGGACCGGAUAGCCAAGCUGGAGGAGGAGAACUCAAGUCUGCGGGAGCUGGUGGAGGACAUGCGUGCGGCUCUUCAGAGCAGUGAUGCGCGCUCUUUGGCCUUGCAAGUUGGACUGUGGAAGAGCCAUGUAAAACACAAACCAGACAGUGGCUGCUUUGUUGCCCAUCAUAAGCGCAUGGCUCAGAAAUCCACCAUUCGGGGCAGUAUGAAGAGAUUUCAGGACGUCUUUACAGAGACAGAACUGGCCCGGAACUCUGAGCAGGUUGAGGAUGUCCUGCUUCUAAACAAGCAACUGGAGCAGGAGCUGCGAGUUUCUAGGGAGGCUGUGCUGUUGCUUGAGGAGUGCAACAGAACCCUGAAGAAGGAGCAGGUAGACAUGAGGAAGAAGGUGGAGGAAGCCAGGGAAGCUCUGCUCAGUGGCUUGGGCAAAGUGAAAGAGUUGGAAGCCAAAGCCAGUCAUGUGCCUGUUCUGCAAAGGCACGUACAGCAACUGGAGAUGGAACUUCUGUAUUACAGGGCCGAGAUCCCCAAAGUGCCUGUGUCGAAAGUAUUCAGCAGUGCAGAUGAGCUGCCGUACAGGGGCAACAUGCGCCAGAGCAGCCGAUGUUGUCUGGAUACACAACGAGACCGUGACUCUCCAACAGGCCAUGCAGAGAGCAAUCACGACAACAUGGAGGAGCAGCUCUUCCGCUCAGUGGAGGGUCAGGCAGCAUCAGAUGAAGAGGAGGAGAGGUGGACAGGAGAGCAGCAGAGACAAGUGGACGAGGUGAAGAGGAUUCUCACCAGGCUGUCCUGCUGUGGAGACAGGUGUGAUGAGAGGGCUUUGAAGAAGCUGCUGUCUCACUGGGGUGAGUCGUGGGCAGAGGAGAGCCACACUGCUGUUCUGCAGCUGUUGGAGCGAGUGACUCGUCUCCACAAACAGCUGGAGCUAAGAGAGAGCCAGGCCAUGAGAUCUGAGACUGACCCCGAACAGGUAAAGGACUCAUUAGUGCAGGAACUACAGCAGAAGGCUGAAGAGACAGAGCUCCUCCACAGAGAACUGCAGAUGCUGGAGACAGAGAGGGUGCGUCUGUCAUUGGUUGAGGAAAAGCUUAUGGAUGUUCUGCAGCUCCUCCAGCAGCUCAGAGAUCUGAACGUAUCAAGGAGGUCUCUGGGAAAGAUCUUGCUGAGUACGCUGGAGUCUUGCAGCGAUCCCCAUCAUGGGAAGGCCCAUAUUCUGGAAGUGCUGAAUGCUCUUUGUCAUGAACUGGCUGCAUGUGAGAUCCUCUCAAGCAGCGGCUCAUCAGAGAACCCACAGAGUCACUCAUCUCUCACUAACUCACUUCUCAUCUCCUGCUGAGCAGCUGCCCAAACCAUGGAGGACAUUCUGCAGAGAUGCAUUGUCUGAUACUAUUCCUCUGUGUUUCUCUUCUGUGUCUUUUGUAAAUAAUUGUUUAUAUUUCUGUGUUAUGAGUUUGUCUUCUCGCUGUAUAUGAAGAGAUAUUUCAUGAAGUAAGGGCUCACAAUUACCCAGAUAAGCCAAGUCAGACUUGGUUUAAGGUAUUAAGCUAACCCAGAUAUCCUUGUCUGUGAAAUUAAUGAUUUUCUAAUACUGUAUGUUUAAUCGAGUGUGGCACGGCGACGCAGUGUAGCAUUGCCACCUUACAGCUCCAGGGUUCGCUCAUGAGCUUGUGUUACUCUCAGUGUGGAGUUUUUGUACAUGGUCUCCUGGUGCCAGUGUGGGUUUCUUCUGGGUUCUCAGGUUUACUUCCAUCUCACAAAAACAUACUAGUAGGUGUAUUCUCUUCCUCAUGCCCAGUGUUCCUGGGAUUGUGUCCAGAUCCACCAUGACUUGAC